AUGCUGUUGGAACCUUAUAUUAAGGCUGAUGUAGAAAGUGCUCUAUGGGCAAUUGGCAAUGAGAAAUCACCUGGUCCUGAUGAGUAUGGAAGAAAAAUUUUCAGGGAUAGCUGGGAGACAGCGGGGAAGGAUUUUGUUGCUGGGGUGUUGGAGUUAAAGAGGAUCCUGCCAACCAUUAUUGCUGAUAACCAAAGUGCUUUUGUAGCUGGUAGGAGUAUAGUGCAAAAUGUCCUAAUUUCUCAAGAUCUUGUGAGGUUGAUGAAAUGGGUUACUGGAUUACCAGGAUUUGAAUAUCAUGCAAAAUGUAAGGGGUUGAGGUUAAACCACUUAUGUAUUGCAGAUGAUAUGCUAAUGUUUAGUAAAGGGACUGUGUCAUCUGUUGUACUCAUGCUAAGAGCAUUCAAGAGAUUUUCUAAGGCCUCUGGACUAACUACAAAUGCUGAUAAGUUAAACAUAUUCAUUGCAAAUAUGGAGAAUUCAGAUGUGGUUGAUCUAUGUGAGUUAACAGGAUACAAAAAAGGAAGGCUACCUUUUAGGUAUCUAGGUGUACCCACUAAUGCAAAGAAGCUAAGUGUUGUUGAUUGUGAAAUGUUGUGGAGAAAAUGGGCAAGUGUUCACUACAAAGCUCCAUUAGUAGCCUGGGAUGUGGUAUGUCAACCAAAGAAGACAAGUGGAUUGGGUGCCACUGAUUGUAUAGUGUGGAAUGAAGCUACAAUUGCAAAAUAUGUGUGGAAUAUUGCCAAUAAAGUUGAUAAUCUAUGGGUUAAAUGGGUUAACCAUGUGUACUUAAAAGGGGAGGAUUGGUGGCAGUAUUCUCCACCACAAAACAGCUGCUAG